GUCUGUCUUUUAAUGUCAGCCCUAUGAUAAACUGGGAACCUGUCCAGGUUGUAUCCCGCCUCUCACCCAGUGUCAGCUGGGAUUGGCUCCAGCGCCCCAUGACCCUACUCAGGAUAAGCAGUAUAGAAAAUGGAUGGAUGGACAAACACUACUGUAAAUGAAAUGUGUAAUAGUCAUAGUUUUUAAAGCCCCUUUGUUUUUUAAACAUUUUUAAAUAUUACUGUUUAUACUGUAGUUCUACAAAUGUAGGGUAUGUUUUUCACAGAAAAUGUACAUGCAAGAUAAUAACAGAUUUUUAUUUUGUUGAUUUGAGUUCGGAAUCACCAAUGGAGCAGUAGUGUCCAGGCCAAUCCCUUUCCAAUGUUUACAGCUGUUUCUAAGGUUCAAAGGAUCUCCUCCCCUGCAUAUGACUAUGACAGUGUUGGGCUUCCCGUCAGAGUGGCAUCUAGAGCUCCUGUUAACCACAGGUUCUUGCUAAAAACUAAGAAUCAGUCUCUUCCACUAUGCUUUGAUGUUCGUGGCGAUUCCCGGCUGAAACUUCUUCACCUUCCCAACAGUGAGCUGCUUGUGAGCGGUAAACUUAAUACAGUAACUGAAGGCUUCGAAAGGAUUGUCAUCCGCUUCAAAUUUGACAAGUAUGUUGCGAUUACCGCCGAUGAAAUCAUUGCACAAGGACUGAGACGUACACGUCACACUGGACAGGAUCCCAUCCUACUUGGAAGCAUGACAGUGAUUAGGCGAGGCAAUGAAAUAAAUGUUACGGCUGAGGGCACACACCUCAUCAUCUUAGUUCAUGAGAAGAACAGUAAACAAUUCCUCUGGCCAUUGUUAAGAGAGCAGCCAUCAGACAACAACGCUGAAGGAAUUUUAGCUGUAAAACCAGCAGUUUAUGAGGAGAUACAGCACCCUUCCUCCACAAAACUUAAAAUCAAAGACCAGGAGAUUGACGUUUCCAGAUCCAGUGCUGCUGACUACACUUCUUUACCUCCAUUGGUAGAAAACUGCUGGCUCAUGUCUCCCGGGUCGGCCCUGUAGAGAAGACUGCGUGAUUUCAUCAUUUCUUAGCUGUAACUGGGACCUAUGUUAAAUCACUUGAAAAGAUUUAAUUUGAAAGCAAAAUAGGGGAACUAGUAAUUCAUCAUAGAGAAAGACUU